AUGAUGUUGGGGCGAUACCAAAGUCGAGUUUUGUUGCUCUGUCGCCGAUGUUAUGCAUCUCCGAAUACUCGUAAUGCAAUACAUACGUGUCACAGAAGAAGAACAACAACAACACAGGGAGUUUUGAAACGCUCGUCGUCGCGCUGCGCAAAUUCGUCAUCUGAUACCAAUACUCAUCAUACAAACAAGAUACGCGUGAUAACGAAAAAACCGUAUCACGAAUCCACUUUUGUCGCGAAGAAGUCAAAGUUCGUGUGCAAAAUAGCUACGAUUUCCAACUCUAACGAAGCCAUGAAGUUUAUAAAAGACCACUCGGAUGUGUCCGUCUCGCAUAAUUGUUUCGCUUGGAGAAUAGGGGACGCGAACAACCGAUCGAGCGACGACGGAGAACCGUCGGGAACAGCCGGAAUUCCAAUCCUGAAUGUCCUCCAAGGGAAAAAAGAAAAACUGGAUUUCGAGAACGUCGUCGCGAUGGUGACGAGAUAUUAUGGAGGGACAAAGUUAGGUCCAGGCGGUUUGAUGCGAGCUUACGGUGGAGCGGUAAAUCAAGCGUUUGAGACUUUAGAUUUAGAAAACGAGACAAAGUUGAAAGCGGCGAAAGUCGUCGUGGCGUUUGCGAACGUCGAGGAAUCGAAAGACGUGGAGAGAGUCAAUCGAACGGUGGAACGUUUCGCGAGCGAAGAGCGGGUGCGGGUGGAAGACGAAGAAUGGGACGAAGAUACCGGUGGAGUUUCGUUAGAGCUGAACGUCGAUUUUGAUGCGAUAGAGGAGUUGGAAUCGGCGUUGAACGAAGCGACGAGUGGGAGAGUCGAUUUUAAAUGGUUCGAUUCAUGA